UAUGAUAGAGAUAAUCUGGUGGCUCCAGAGAGAAUAAAACUCCUAAAUAAGUUUAUAAUAUCACAUAAAACCCAUUAAAAUGAUUUAAACCUCUCACAUAAAACGAGUGUGGAGGGAGGCCAAUCUCAAUAUCCAACUCAAUGGGAAAUUAAGUGGAAGGAAGAACUGCCUGAGAAGACUGCGAAGCAAAUAUUGCUUAAAUGUUAUGAGGUAUACUCUUCCACUAUUCAUGUAAUGAUUAUUAAAGAAGCAGCAGUGAUGUACUUUUGGUAAACAGGUUUUCUUUGACAGCCUGAUUUCCAUAUUCAUCUUCAACAUGGUCACAUGACUUCCUGCUCAGCCGCUCUCACCUGUUGCUGACUCCUCAGCAGGCCAGGUGUGUCUGAACAGGAAUGCAGUCAGACCAUCCUAUUGGCCACAUGGGCAGCAGCAAGGGCUGCUAUAGGCUGAUAAUCAGAGAGGGUCAGCUACACCCGAGGGCUGUCAGAGAUCCAGUCAGACUGAUUCUACAGCUCCAGAGCGAUGGGCCAGGGCAGCUCCGCCUGCCCUCAGGUGUUGAUCAUGGGUCUGGACUCUGCGGGGAAGUCCACCCUGUUGGCCCAUAUCCUGACCGGACAGGCAGUCAACACCUCGCCGACCGUGGGGUUCAACGUGGGAACACUGGAGCUGAACAAGCAGUCGUCUCUGACGUUGUGGGACAUUGGCGGACAGAAGAGCAUGAGACCCAACUGGAAGUACUACCUGGACGAGUGCAAGGCGCUGGUGUUCGUGGUGGACAGCACCGACGCGGCUCGCAUUCCAGAGGCGCAGAUGGCUCUGAAGGGCAUCCUGAGCGACGAGAAGCUGCGAGGAGUUCCUCUGAUGGUUCUGGCCAACAAGAAGGAUCUGCCCAACAGCAUGACCAUACGGGAGGUGUCCAACAAGUUGAACCUGAACAGUUACACAGACAGAGAGUGGGAGAUCCAGGCCUGCAGCGCCACCAAGGGGCUGGGUCUGCAACAGGCCUUCCUGAAGGUCAACAAGCUGAUCAAGAGGAGCUGAGAGGAGCGGGAAAGGAGAUCCACAUCUACAGGAGACACGUUUAAACUCAAGAUUUUAUUUAUAGAGAUUAAUAAAAGUUUUAGUGAUGAU